GUGUCUCUGUGCCUCCGCGCGGAUGGGCUCAGCUUUAUCCAGGGCUGUAAUCCCCCCUGCUCCGGUAAUUAAAAACUCCGCAUUACAAGGAAAACGGUGUGCAGGGAAAUGUAAUCAAGUCUGGAGGGGCUUAACCAUCUGGUAAAGGUUAGGACCGGCACGGCGGGGGCCGCGGCCGGGGGAUCUGGCAGCCGCUGCGAUUCGGGCUCCUCUUAAUCUACCGCGGGGACGAGCGCAGCAUCUGCGGGGUAAUACCGGUGCCCCGGGCAGCGAUCGGUAUCGCCGGAGCUCCCACCGCCGUUAACGGGACGUCCCCGGGGCUAACCCGCUCCCCAGGUGCGUUCGGCUCCGGUAGAUCGAUUCUGGUGUGGCACCCGGGUCCGGAUUGCAUCCCCUCCGCGGGGUCAGCAGGGAAAGGGUUAAGCGGCCGCCGGUGGUCGCGGUUCGUCCCCCCCAGCCCCGGGAAGGGCCCUCCCCCGCCGCCUCCGGGAGCCCGAAACUCUUCGAAAGUGCAAGGGGCGAGCAAAGGCGAGGGGCGAGCAAAGGCGAGGGGCAACGCGGCGGCGCGAGUGGGUCCCCGCGUCCCCAGGAGGGCUGCGGGGCCAUGGGGGCCGGGGCAGGCUCCAGGCGGGAGCAGCUCUUCCUCCGCUCUCUACUCUUCCUCCUGCUGACCGGGUCCCCGGCACCGCGCCUGGCGAGCGGGCAGCUGCGCUACGCCGUGCCGGAGGAGCUGGAGCACGGAGCCUUCGUGGCCAACCUGGGCGAGGACCUGGGGCUCGACGUGUCCACCCUGUCAGCGCGGCGGUUCCGCAUCGUGUCACGGGCCGGGGCCAGGCAGCACCUGGAGGUGAACCUGGAGAACGGGAUCCUUUUCGUGAACGAGCGGAUUGACCGGGAGGAGGUGUGCGAGGCCGGGGGGACCUGCUUGCUCCACCUUCAGCUCCUUGUCGAGAGCCCACUGGAGCUCUACCGCGUCGAGGUGGAGGUGCUGGACAUCAACGACCACGCACCCACCUUCCCCUGGCAAGAGUAUGUGCUGGAGGUGGCUGAGUCCGCCGUGCUCGGCGCCCGCUUCCCACUGGAGAGUGCCCAGGAUCCUGACGUGGGCACCAACUCAGUGCAUACCUACCGCCUCAGCCCCAACAGUUUCUUUUCGCUCGAGGUUCAGACGCGCAGUGACACCAGCAAGUUUGCGGAGCUGGUGCUGGAACGUGCCCUUGACCGCGAGCAGCAACGCACACACCGGGUGCUGCUCACUGCUCUUGAUGGCGGUGUCCCUGAACGCUCGGGCACAGCUCACAUCCUCGUCAUGGUGCUGGAUGCGAAUGACAACGUGCCUGUCUUUGACCAGCCCUCGUACAGUGUGAGCCUUCCUGAGGAUGCCCCUCCUGGCACCCUGGUCAUCCAGCUCAAUGCCACUGACCUGGACGAGGGCCCCAAUGGGGAGAUAGAGUACUCCUUCAGUGGGCACGCACCGCCCCGCGUCCGGGAGCUCUUCCACGUAGAGCCCCGGAGUGGGCAGGUGCUGCUGAAGGGCCCUGUGGACUACGAGCGGGCAAGCCUCCAUGAGCUCUAUGUACAAGCCAAAGACCGUGGACCCUCAGCUGUGGCUGUGCACUGCCGGGUGCUCGUGCACCUCCUUGACGUGAACGACAAUGCGCCAGAGGUGACCCUCACCUCUGUGUCCACACCCGUGCUGGAGGAUGCCCCACCAGGCACUGUCAUUGCUGUCAUCAGCGUUCUGGACCGGGACUCUGGGGAUAACGGGCGUGUGAGCUGCGAGGUCAGCCCCGAUGUACCCUUCGAGCUCCGCUCUUCCUUCCGCAACUACUACACACUGGUCACCACACAGGCGCUGGACCGGGAGGUUGUGCCUGAGUACAACAUAAGCAUCACAGCACGGGACAUGGGGUCCCCCACCCUGCUGACCCUCAGCACCCUUACUGUCCCAGUGUCUGAUGUCAACGACAAUGCCCCACGCUUCCUCCAGCCCUCCUACAGCGUCUAUGUGAUGGAGAACAACGCACCAGGUGCCUCCAUCUGCUCCGUCAGCGCGUUGGACCCUGACUGCCAACAAAACGCUUACCUAUCCUACUCCAUUGCUGACGGGCACAUCCAUGGCAUGCCUGUGGGCACCUAUGUGUCCAUCAACUCGGACAGCGGGCACAUGUAUGCCCUGCGAUCCCUCGACUAUGAGCAGAUCCGCAGCUUCCAGAUUCAGGUGCAAGCACAGGAUGCGGGUUUCCCCCCACUCAGCGCCAACGUCACUGUCCACAUCUUUGUGCUGGACCAGAAUGACAACGCCCCAGUCAUCGUUUCCCCCAUGCCACACAAUGGCUCUGUGGCCACUGAGUUAGUGCCACGAUCAGCUGGGCCUGGCUACCUUGUGGGCACAGUGUCGGCAGUGGAUGCAGACACGGGGCUGAACUCUCGCCUCUCCUACCAGCUCCUCCAGGCCACUGACUUCACCCUCUUCAGUGUAGCACCUGACACGGGUGAGCUGCGCACCCUUCGCUCCUUUCUGGAGCAAGACGCAACCCGGCAGCGGCUGGUGGUGCAGGUGCGUGACGGUGGGCAGCCAGCCCUCUCAGCCACUGUGUCCCUCCUGCUUUCAGUGGUGGAGACCAUGCCUCAGACUCUCUCCGACUUCAGCGAGUUCAGCCUCUCCCCAGAGGACUCCUCAUCCUCCCCACUCACUGUCUACCUCCUUGUCUCCCUGGGCUCUAUCUCCUUCACUUUUCUCCUCGCCAUCCUCAUCCUCACAGCUAUUCGGUGCCGUGGAGAGCGGCGCUUGUGCCGAGGUGAUGGCUGCUCACCACCCCGCUGCCACUGCUGCCCUGGCUCCAGACCCUCCUCUGAGAGCCUGAAGACAUCCAACCUGACAGCGCAGCCCCUCACGGGGACCAUGGCUGCCACCUGCCUCGAUGUGCCCGGGGGUGGUCCCCCGGGCUACUGCUACAAGGUCUGCCUUGGUCCUGAGUCUGCCCAGAGUGACUUCAUGUUCCUCAAACCCUGCAGCCCCCCCUGGAACAACGAGAAAGACUCGGGGAAGCAGUCCCGGCCAAGCCAGCAUCUCCAGGUCUCCAAGCAGAUCAAGCAGCCCAACAUGGACUGGCUGCCUCCAAGCACGCAGCGACCUGCCCUGAAAAGCUCCCAGAGCCUGGAGGACGUGGGGGAAAUCCGCAGAGCUCUCCAGAAGGAGCAUGAGAGGCUGUGCACGCUGGUGACCCCUGUCUCUGAGUUUCAGAAGGCUUCGGCAGGCACCAACAGCAUCUGGACACCCCAGUACAGCCCCUUGUACCCAGGUCACAUCCCAGCCUUGGAUUAUCAGCACAAUGUCUACAUCCCCGGCACCCCUACUCUGCUUUCCAGCAAAGACGGGUCCCUCUUCCUGGGCAGGGAGAACAAGAACAGCUUCUCCACCUUUGGCAAGAGGAAGAAGAUGACAGCUUACUGUGACAUGCAUGACAGUGUGGUUAUCAACAACGACCUGAAAUAGUGACCAGUGCUAGGCCUGGAUGGCUCUGCCCAAAGCCCUGGGAAUCACCUGCAUAUUUCAGCUGCGGGGUCCACUUGCAACACACAACUCCAUGCACAGACCCCUCAGGACUUCAUGGGGCUGCUGGGAUAGUGGUUCACCAGAGUGUGGGGAAAGGAUUUAAGGAGCAAGGGACUGAAAAGUGAUAAGGGUGGGCAGGAGGAGGGGGGAUGGGCAUUUCUCCCAUUUCAUUCCACAGAGCUGUGUUGGCAGCAGGUGCUGUUUGGGUCCAUAUGACCAGAUUUAAGCAAAUCUGUCUUGAGUUUACUCAUUCCCACGUCCCUUUAGGGACCAUCCAUCUCUGUAAACAUUGUCACUUAUUUGUCUUGUCUGGCUGUGUGAAUGUACUGAGCUGCAUGCCUGUAUUUCUGUCCCAGUAGGCAUGGAAAAUGUAUGCAGACAAAGCCUGGUUCAGUUAAGCCUGAUCCUACGUACUGGGGCAGGGAUCUCUGUCCCUGAGAUCCAGUGGGAUGUGUUGCAUGUCUGGAGCAGCCAUUAUUGUCUUCUCUGGGGAGCAAGUGCAAAACCCAGCCAUUAUGGGUUCUUCCCUUCAAACCCUGACCCAACACUUGCAAGGCUGGAGACCCAAAGGCCGGGACACAGCCAGUCUUUUCUCCAGGAGCAGCGUGGGCUGGAGCACACACAGAUGGGCUGGCCAGAAGAGCUGUUAGCUUAAGCAGCUGAGAGAUGCACAAGGUGAGGCCCUGCUGGGUAACUCUUUAGCCCAAAGCAACAUCAUCUGAUCAAAAGACAGUUUCCAGCCAUAGGAGGGCCCCCAGCACAGGUGACCAUCCUCUUCCUUCCUCCCCCUGCCCUCACCUCUGUUUUUGCCAGGUCCUGAACACCUGGGAACCCCAGCACUGGGGGCCCCACCUGUAUAGGACAGACAUCUCCCACUGUGCCCUGCUUCUCUUUGAGGACUUUUAGCUGGCUGUCAGGAGCCUUCAAGGGCAGGAUUCCAGCCCCAGAACAGUCUCUCCCCUUCCCUGCUCACCCUACACCUGUCCACCUGGUCUGUCUGCCACAACUGCCAAUCGCUCCUGUCACGGGACAGUUCAUUUCCAAUCCAUCUGUGCAGAACAUGACAGAUCUCUCUAAAACAGGUUUGUUUCACAAUGUCUGAUUUGUACCAAUAAAUUGUAUUUUAAUAGCUCA